UUUUUCUUUCAAUUUUUUUUUUUACACACAAUAUAUACAUAAAAUGUCACCUAAUACACAAGAAAGUGAUUUAAAUACUAUUUCCUUUGCGGGUAGCUUUUGGUCCAAAGAUAAAUCUGGCAUGACACAAUUAUUGGACUACAUGAAGUCCACUCAUGCUGAUUUGGAUAUCAUCUUUACAAUAUAUACACAAAGGUCACAAUUUGAACAAGAGUUUGGCGAAAAGUUGUUAGUUCUUUCAUCCAUACAUGAAAUCGAUCAAAAUGAAGCAGAAAAAGGUGGCGUUCCUGCCGCCUAUCAUGCAAUUUCUAUGGAAUUAAACAAGACGGCCACUUCACAUUUGGAUCUGGCCGAGCAGUUGAAAACUCAAAUCGGAUCUGAAUUUGAGCAGAAGCUCAAUGAGUAUAAAGAAUUACUCGAAAAGUGGACGAAAACAUUGACCGAUCUAUAUAAUGACCGUCAAGAUAAAACAAUUGAAUUGUUGAAGAUUCGAGCCAAAUACUUAAAAGAGCAUGAAAUCUCUAAAGGUCAAUCAACAUCGACAAUGGAUAAACUAAAGAGUCAUUAUAAAGCAUUGGUGACAGAUGUAGAUGAGCUUUCGCAAGAAUGGAAUACAAUUUGGAGGGAUGCAUGUGAGGUCAUGCAAGCCAUGGAAGAAGAUCGGAUUGAAUUUUUAAAGAGCAAUGUUUGGGAGUAUGCAAACUUAGCUUCUGCUCGACUCCUUAUUGAAGAUGAGUGGUGUGAGACAAUUCGCGAUCAAUUAGAAAAAUGUAGCACUGAACAGGAAAUUGAAAAAUGCGUUUCAAUAUACGGUACAGGGUCAAAGAUACCAUCCACAAAUGACUAUGUGGGCGAGCAAAUGAAAGAACAAAAGAGGAAGAAUGCAGAACAUUACAGCUUCAAACAAGACGAAGAAAGAAUAAAUAGCAUCCGUAAUAAAGUUAGCGACAAUAUAGGUAGUACAGCAGCUCGCGCUCAAAUCAAACGAAAGCCUCUCAAUAAGUCUUUAAUGGAUCAAGUAUCAAAUCAAAUGGCAGUAGCCAAACAGCAACGUGAAAUUGAACAAAACGAAAGUAGAUGCUCUUCACCUCAGUCCUCCGUCAAAAGUGGAUCCACUCAUCAAAGUACAAGCACAGAUGGAUUUCGUCGUCAACCAUCAGAAUAUAAACCUGACACCGGAUCUAUCCCCAGUCGGCGUGGCAUAAAUGCGAAUACGAGAGUUCUUCAAGAAAUCCACGAUUCUCCUCCAUCUUCUAUAAACUCCAAUACCACUAUGCAGCACCCCUUCACAUACCCUCAACAAAAACAUCCUUACGGAGGUCAGUCACAAUAUAUAGGCCAACAGCAUAUGGGUCAAACUCAACAACAUAUGGGACAAACUCAACAGUAUAUGGGGCAAUCACAGCAACAUAUAAAUCAACCACAAAGGUCUCCUAUGAUGCAGCCACAACGCUCUCCUAUGAUGCAGCCACAACGCUCACCUAUGAUGCAGCCUCAACGUUCUCCAAUGAUGCAACCUCAACGUUCCCCAAUGAUGCAACCUCAACGUUCCCCAAUGAUGCAGCCUCAGAGGUCGCCAAUGAUGCAGCCUCAGAGAUCACCAAUGAUGGCUCCUGUGACUUAUUUGCAGCAAAACCUUGGAACUCAAAGUGGUGGUCUACCUCCCCCAAUCACAAUCCCAACAAACUAUGGCGUAACUCCUCAACCCUCUCCUGCUAUGACAUAUACUACUGGGAAUGGUGGCGUCUCUCCGGGAGCGGCGAGACCUGGGCAAUAUUCAGAUGGGCGGCCAGUAUUAUUCUGGGCUCGUGCCAAAUACGAUUAUACAGCAUCCGAUGAGGGCGAAUUGUCGUUCGCUGCAAAUACGUUAAUAGGUAUCUUAGAAGCAGAUAUGACACAGCAAUCAUGGUGGAUCGGUGCUAUCAUGGAUGAAUAUCGCCAAACUUGGUCGAUUCCUGGUUCUAUUCCUAGUAACUUUAUGGCUAACGCAUAG